UUAGUAGGCGUGGUCACCUUCGGGUUUGGUUGCAUUCACAGUGCUGGUGGUGGGUGAGAGAUUGAACUCCAAUCUGACAGGAGGGCGCUGCUGCAAGUUAAAGGCAAGCAGAAACAUGGGGAAGAAAAGCAGAGUGAAAACACAGAAAUCUGGUAGUGGGUCCACCUCAGCAGGCACCCCCAAAGAGAUGAUGAAUCUAAUCUCUGAGCUUCUACAAAAAUGCAGUAGUCCCAGCCCAUCCCCAGGAAAGGAAUGGGAAGAGUAUGUGCAGAUUCGUUCACUAGUUGAGAAAAUUCGUAAAAAGCAAAAAGGGUUUUCUGUUACAUUCAAAGGUUCAAGGGAGGAUUUCUUUCCUGAAUUGCUAGCUUGGGCUUUGGAAAAUAGCGCUUCAACUGAAGGAUUUGAAAUUUCUUAUUUUCCUGAAGAAGGGUUUGGCUUGAAAGCAACCAAGCAAAUCAAGGCAGAAGAACUCUUUCUUUGGGUUCCCAGGAAAAUGUUGAUGACAGUUGAAUCAGCAAAAAAUUCUGUACUAGGUCCAUUAUAUAGCCAAGAUCGAAUCCUUCAGGCCAUGGGGAAUAUUACCCUUGCUUUUCAUUUGUUGUGCGAGCGUGCAGAUCCAAACUCCUUCUGGCUCCCAUACAUUAAAACCCUACCCAAUGAGUAUGACACCCCUCUAUAUUUUGAAGAGGAAGAAGUACAGUACCUUCAGUCAACUCAAGCCAUUCAAGAUGUCUUUAGCCAGUACAAGAAUACAGCUCGACAAUAUGCAUACUUUUACAAAGUUAUCCAGACCCAUCCAAAUGCCAGCAAACUGCCCUUGAAGGAUUCUUUCACCUAUGACGACUACAGAUGGGCCGUCUCUUCUGUAAUGACCCGCCAGAAUCAAAUACCAACAGAGGAUGGGAACCGUGUUACUCUGGCCCUAAUCCCACUUUGGGACAUGUGCAAUCAUACCAAUGGGCUGAUCACUACUGGUUACAACUUAGAAGAUGACAGAUGUGAAUGUGUUGCACUACAAGACUACAAAGCAGAUGAACAGAUUUAUAUUUUCUAUGGAACACGAUCAAAUGCUGAAUUUGUUAUUCAUAAUGGCUUCUUCUUUGAUAACAAUUCACAUGACCGAGUGAAAAUAAAACUAGGAGUGAGUAAAAGUGAAAGACUGUAUGCCAUGAAAGCAGAAGUCCUGGCACGUGCUGGUAUUCCAUCGUCUAGCAUCUUUGCACUGCAUUGCAGUGAACCUCCAAUUUCAGCUCAGCUUUUGGCUUUUCUGAGAGUUUUCUGCAUGAGUGAAGAUGAACUCCGUGAAUACCUUGUUGGUGCUCACGUUGUUGAUAAAGUAUUUACGCUAGGCAAUGCUGAGUUCCCUAUAAGUUGGGAGAACGAGAUAAAACUCUGGACCUUUCUUGAAACUAGAGCUGCUUUACUGUUAAAAACUUACAAAACAACUACAGAGGAAGAUAAGUCAUUGUUAGAGAAGCCAGACCUUUCUUUUCAUUCCAAAGUUGCAAUCAAAUUACGUUUGGCAGAGAAGGAGAUUUUAGAAAAAGUGGUGGCUUGUGGAAAGGCCAAGAGAGAGUAUUUUCAGAAGCAGCUGGAGGAAGGAGUACCUCUUCCAAAAUAUGAAGAAAGCAACAUCUCCUUAAUAGAAAACUCUGGUUCAGAGUCCAAACUGCCUAUCAUCUUGAGAAAGCUGGAGGGUGAAGAAAUUGGUGAGGAAGAGUUAAAGAUGACCGAGGUCCUCUCUGACAUGAAUACUAAUGGAGAUGUUCACGUGAAUGGAAAUAGUAAACAAUUUAAUGGCACCAGUGCAGAAGAUGAAAAAAUUCUGAAUGUUGAAGAAAAUGCUCAAACGACUGAAGUGAAGGGGACUGCUGAAGAAGUUAUUAUGUGCAAUAAACAGCACUCCUAGUUUACAUGAAAUGUGUUUUUGUUUUCUUUUUAGAGGCUAUUAAAGUGGCAGAACUUUAUGCACAUUGUCGCGUGUGGCUCGUGGCUUUGUUUGUUUAAACUAAAUGUUCAAGGAAUAAUGCUGCUUGUAAAUCUUUAACAAAGUAAGCAAUGAAUUUUGUCUUUUCAAAAACUUUGCUGUUUUCCAAGAAAAAGAUGCAUUGGAAUAAAAAAUAAGCUUAUUUAUUUUCUCUUUUGCCUAUUUUUGGGCACCGCUUUUUCUGUUUAAUUAAAUCGAGUACACUGAGGAAUUAUUUUUGAUGUUAUUAGCUAUUGUUUUACCUAAAACCUCAAGUCUUUAUUUAAUAUAAUUAUUUUAUAGAAUGAAAUGGCGAAUUCAAUGACAUGGUGAAAACUGAAAACUAUUGUACCUUUUCUGCAUCUUAAAGACAGAUUUUCAUUGCAUAUUUACUUAAUAACACAAACCUAUUUUUUAUUAGUGCAUUCUUUAUUUGGUUCUAUUAACAGCAUUUACAUGAUCAAUCAACAUUGUUAUUGAGCAUGUUCUGUUUGCGCAGAGAAACUUUUUUAGAUUGAUAGUUUUGCUUUUUUGUCACUUAUAGUAGGUCUUCAUUUGGCAGAUUCAGUGUUAAGUUUCACAUUGUAGGUAUACUGAUUAAAAAUGAUCUUGCAUUUUCAUAUUUUGAUUUCAUACCUAGACAGAAAUGUUUGCCUUAAUUAGAAUGUUAGAAGCUUGUGCUAUGUUUACUGUGUUUAAUAAGACUGCAGGAGUGCAGUGUAGAUUUCAACUGCUACCAGAAAAGUAAAUAUCAUUUUUUAUAAAAGGUGCAUUUUGCUCUUCAACUUGUAAAGAGGAAACUGCAUGCUGUCUAUUACUUACAAGAUUUAGCUGGUGAGUCUUUACCAAAAUAUAUACAUUUUAAUGUAUUUUGUACAGCAUCCUUCACAGAAAUUUGGUUGCUUUGUUUGACACUUUUGUUUUGUGAAUGUAUGUCUCUUAACUUAUUUUGAAAUUUCUUUAUUUCUGCAGCUGUUUACUUUUAAUGAACAUUUGGUUUCAGUAUAUAAUUACAAUGAGAAUUUUUUUUAAUCCUAGGUGGGUUUUUUUUUUUUUUGUGCCCUUUUAAUCACUCUCUCCGUUGUUGAACUUGCUUAAAUCCAGCUCAGUGGUGUAGGUACUGCAGACAGGAACAGGUAGAUAUAACUAUCUGGGGAAAAGCUAGUGUAGAAAUGGUUAAACCUGCAAACUCCGGUCUGCACAGUCAACAUGAAGGCCAAGCUUCAAAUACUGAUAUUAGUUAAAACCCUGAGCUGAAAUAGGCAGGUGUAAAGUUGGAUGAAAGGGUGGAAUUUUAUUUUACUCCAUUCCCCAGUUUCAGUCUUUUUUUUGUGAAUAUCUAGUUUGUUAAUUCUAUGGUAAUAUCUUUAUGAAAAAUUACCUUUUUUGUCCCUUUAGUCUGUAAAUAUCUUGGCCAAAUCACAAACUCCAAUACAGUAUAUUGGUCAUAUUUCUUUACAUCUGUAAACAAAUUGCAGUUUAAAGUCUCACUAGAAGUAAAUGAGUAACUGAAUGGUAUAACCCAGUCAUGUGGUAAAACACACACAUAGAAAUAUUUAUUUUAAAUGUUAUUAUCCAAUAUAUGUAGAAAGCCUUAACUAUUUCUCUCAUAUCUCUUUGGAACGACAAAGUUAAAAGCUUGUACAUAUUGAUUUUUUUUUUGCCUUAAAUGUUUUUUGUUAUUUGGAUCUUUUCUUUGCUGGAAGUCAAAAAUAUAGGUUUUGUGAAUGUACCAUUAAUACUCAGAACAUGCAGCUUUAAUUUGUAUUAUGAAAUACAUAAAUGUUCUGCCUAUAAUAAACAUGCUCUUUUAUUUAGGCUUGUGACUGUCAUGUAUCUAGCUUUAACUGUGGUUAAGUAUAAUUUCCACUAAAUUAAGUUAUUAUUCAAUUUUUUGUUAAUGUUUUUAAUCCCAAAUUCCCUAGCCCCACAAUGAAUCGUAAUGUUAAAGCGAUUAACUGCUUUGCUUGAUUCUUUUUGAAAUUAAACUUACUUAACAGGCUUA